GUUCCGAGCAGCUCACAGAUCCUCCUCUCCGACUGCUCUUCCCAAAGUUGUUUACAAAGAUGAUAUGGGACGUUUACACUCUGGAAUAUGGCAGCUAAUGCUGUAAAAGGGGGACGUGUCUUCUGCACUGAUUCUCUGCGCCACUCCCUAUGAGGUUUGUUGCAAUCAGGCGGAUAUGAAGGAACUUCCCUCAGAAGAUUGCUCAGAAAAAUCAGAGGAAGGUGUGGAAUCAGAGAAAAGUAAACAAAGCUGAAGAAUGAGCUGGACGCUAAAGCUGAACCACGACUUUUGAAAUGACACUUCUUAUACAUCAUGGGGACUGUCGGAACAAUUUUAAAGUUAUUCAGCAUAUCUUUGGGUGUGUGUUUAUCUACAACUAUCAUAGAGGGUCCAAAAACUGCCUUUGUUUUGCUUAACUCUGAUGCUACAUUCAACUGCACAGUGUCUGAGCCUUGGACUAUUAUUAUCUGGAUGCUGAAGGAAACACCUGUCCUUACUGUAACACCAAAAGGACCAAUUAUUACAAACCCUCAGUUUGAACAACGCAAUUAUACAACUCCUAACAGUUUUACGUCAGAACUUAUCAUCUCAACAGUGACCUUCAACAACAAUGCGACUGUGCAGUGCAACCUCCAAACUGAUGGGAGUCAACAGGCAGCUUUGUUUGUGCAAGUCGAUGGAACGGUAUCUUUUAUGAGCACGAUUUCAUCUGUGGAGAUAAACCAUAGUACAGACAUUGUCUGUAAUGCAGAAAACUGGAAUCCUGAGCCGACUAUCACCUGGACAGUAAACCAAACAGCUGUGGAUUCAAAAAUGUACGCCACCACCUUUCACCCAACUUCAGGACACCUCUUCAAUGCCCGCAGCACCUUAAAUCUCACACUUAGUGCCAAUGCUGAAGUUGUGUGUCUGGCCACUAUAAGAGCACUUCCUCAGCCGAAAACUGCUGCACUUAACAUCACUGUGAAACCACCCAAUCAAGAUAAGGCCUGGCUGAUUGUUGCUAUUGUGGUGCCAAUCGUUGUGGCUAUCCUGCUCAUAAUUCUCAUCAUAGUAAUUGUACUCUGCUUGAAACGAACCAAACGCUCUGAAUCCAGUUAUCAGAAUGAGUUAAGGAAAAUAUCAAGCAGGAAAUCUCUUGAGGCGGCUGUGAAUGAUCAGAAAAGCUCUGGGCUGGAGAACUACGGAAUGUCCACUGAAGGCAUGAAUGACUGCCAAGUUUCCCCAAGUAUUCCUUUGCCUCACCAUGUGGACUCAUGGCCUGGGAAAAACAAUAAUAUGUUGGAGAUGCCAGUGGUUCCAGUCAGUAAUCAUGGAAGUCGGAAGAUAGCAAUAAAUCAAUACGUGACCAUCAUUCCUACUUCCCCACAAAAAACCAAACAUGUGACUGCUGUUUGACCAGAUGGACUGUGCCCUGGAGGACUUUGUAUAUUUUAUGGUUCCAACUAGGUUUGUACUCGGUUGUCUUGCAUUAGAAAUCAUGACUACUGGCAAGCAUUUUGAAUUUGAAGAGCCUCUGACGGCACGAAUCAUUCCUUAAUGGGAAAAAGAUUGAUUGUAGAAAGGGGGUUUGAGUUGCAGGCUGUGUGCGAUUGAUCAAAGCUGUGUGGACUGAGGCAACCUGAUACAAAUGAAAUUAAACACAAGGUUGGGGAUUUCUGUUCUCUCCCACAGGCAUUUUUUUUUUCCAAGUGAAUGAAAAGCUGUUUCUUAAUGUGUCGUGCUCUUUGGAGUAUCAUUUAUUUAAAUUGCCCUUGAGUCACCCACCAUGCAUUAGUGCCAAUGAAUGGGACUGCGGUCAGUUUUUGCACCUCUGUCCCCAGCGUCAAUUCUACAGUCCCCUCUGUGUUAUCAGGGUGUCCAUCUGGCACCAGGUCAUGGAUGAACUAGACCUUGCCCCAGGUGAACGUUGGGAGAACAAAAGCCAUCUUAUUCUGCUCACCAACCUCGCUCCUGCUUCUAACCAACCACACCCACCGCCAGCAGUUCAAGAAGGCAGCUCACCACCACCUUAUCAAGGGCAAUUAGGGACGGGAAAAUAAAUGCUGGCCUAGCCAGUGACGCACUCGUCCCGUAAAUGCAUUUUAAAAAACCAAUCCCCACCCCCACGAUCCCACCUCCAGGGCUGCUCCUCUGUAUGGCCUGUUUUUCAUUCUGUUAAAUCCAGAUUUACAAAUAAAGAAAGAGCUUACAUUUAUAUAGCUCCUCUCACAACCUCAGGGCAUCCCCAAGUGCUUUACAGCCAACAAAGUACUUUUGAAGUGUUGCAAUGUCGGAAACAUGUUCGCCAAUUUGCGCACAGCAAGCUCCCACCAGCAGCAAUGUAAUAAUGACCAGAUAAUCUGUUUUUUGUGAUGUUGAUUGAGAGAUAAAUAUUGGCCAGUACACUAGGGAGAACUUGGCUGCUCUUAAAGGCAGACGAUCUGUUCCAUCAGAUUACCCUGCACCCUCCGGACAGUGGAGAUGAAGAUUUAUCCCAGCUAAUAAUACUAUCUCAGUAUCUUGCCAGUGGUCAGUACAUUAGGUGGCCUGGCUGUGAAAGGCCUUUUCUUAUUCCUGUUGCUGCACCUGUAUUUUCUGCUGAGCUAUUCUGUGGCUAAUAAACAACUUUCUUACACCAGCUGAACACUGUUGACUGCAAAUCCAUGAAUGCUAAU